GAUUUUAUAACAAGUAUUACCAAACAAAAAUGAAUUUACUGGAUUCUUGGUUGGAUAAAUUAGAAAUUGAAAAUAGUAGUAAACAUGAUAACAGAUCUUUAAUGGAAUAUCAUCUCAAUUCAUGGCUAAACAAAAUAUUAGAUCACCCUACAAUAAAUAAAAUUGUUUGCAUCACUUCUGGAGGUACUAUUGUUCCGUUAGAAACAAAUAUGGUUAGGUAUAUUGAUAAUUUCAGUACAGGUUUAAGAGGUGCACUUUCUGCGGAAUAUUUUCUACGCUCAAAUUAUGCUGUAUUAUACUUUCAUCGUAAAGGUUCCUUACUACCAUUUUUACAUCGUUUAACCAAUCAACAACAAAAUUAUCACCGAGAAGAAGAAGAACAACAACAACAAAAGUGUACAAAAGAGGUGGAUUCAGAGAAAUUAACUAAUACUACUACUAAUAAUAGUAGUAAUAGUAACCAAAAUAACAUCGAAAUAUUUAAUUGGUUCAUGUUUAAUCCACAAGAGAAUAAGUUACAAUUAAAAGAGAAUUCUGUACAGUUUUUAAGUUCAAUAUUCAAUCAAUAUACUAUGUAUGGUCAGUACUUAUUUACACUAGAUUUUGAAACGAUAGAGGAUUAUUUAAUCGGUUUACGUUGGAUAGCAAAACAAUUAGAAGCGAUUCAUGUAAACAGAAGCAGUACACAAAAACAAAUUCAUUUGUCCUUUUAUUUAUCUGCUGCUGUCUCCGAUUACUAUUUAAAUAGAGAAUAUCGUCCAGAGCAUAAAAUACAAACAAAAUCAAUAUUAUCUACUACUGCUAAGAGUAGUGAUGAUUAUUUAGACAAAUCUUUAUCAGGAAUAGAAGAUUUACACUUGUCAUUACAACCAGUACCUAAAGUUAUGAAAUUACUGACUACAUUAUGGUCACCUUCUUCAUAUGUUAUUAGUUUUAAACUUGAAACAGAUCAUCGAUUGUUACUAGUUAAAGCAAAACAAUCCCUUGAAAUGUACAAUCCCAAUGUGAUAGUUGCUAAUCUUUUACAAACCAGAUCAAAAGAAGUAUGGUUAGUAUUUAAACAGAAUAAUAAUAAACAGGACAUAACUGUUGAAUAUAUCAAUAUGGAGAAUAAUACUAAUGAAAUCAAUAAACGGCAAAUAAUAUCGCAAGAAAUUGAAUCUAUUCUAAUUCCUCGAUUGAUACAACUUCAUGAACAAACAAUUAAUCAAACUAUUAAGUAACAUUUAUAACCUUUGUAAGAUAAUAAUCUAUUCAGUUUUAUUAUUCCUUUGAAAUAAAAUCUGAUUGUAUA